UCGCAAUAUCGAAAGAAGGCGUUUUGGAGGUGUGUCUCUUGACUUGUCACGGCUGCACGAUUUCGUCUGAUAAAACUUGAACAAAAUGACAGAAACUCUGAAAGAUAUUGGACCUUUGGUUGGUGCAGUUGACCAGGGAACAAGCAGUACAAGGUUUCUGGUCUUUUCCUGUAAAACAUCUGAACUGAUUGCUCAUCAUCAAAUUGAAUUACAACAAACCUUCCCCAAUGAAGGGUGGGUGGAAGAGGACCCUAAAGAGAUUCUCUCAACGGUCAAAGAAUGCAUCAAUGAAACGGUCAAGAAACUCAAAGGUCAAGGGGUGGAUCCAGCGGGCAUCAAAGCCGUAGGGAUCACCAAUCAGCGGGAGACUACCAUUGUCUGGGAUAGGACAACGGGGGAGCCCUUGCAUCCUGCUGUCCUUUGGCUAGAUGCUAGAACAGCUACCACUGUUGAUCAGCUUGUAGCAAAGACACCUUCCAAGACCAAGGAGCAUUUACAACCUCUUUGUGGACUACCUCUAUCAACAUACUUCAGUGCAGUGAAGGUCAGAUGGUUACUGGACAACGUUCCAGAAGUCAAGAAGGCCGUUGAUGAUGGACGAUGUAUGUUUGGAACGGUGGACUCCUGGCUGACAUGGAAUCUAACAGGAGGUUUAAAGGGAGGACUACACAUAACAGAUGUCACCAAUGCAAGUCGUACCAUGCUUAUGAAUGUAACAAAGUUACAGUGGGAUGAUGAGCUUUGCAAAUUCUUUGAUGUACCUAAGAGUAUUCUUCCUGAGAUUCGUAGCUCUGCUGAGAUCUAUGGUGAACUGGUUGAUACAGCCCUCAAGGGAGUCCCCAUCGGAGGGAUUCUUGGAGAUCAGCAUGCAGCAUUAGUAGGACAGUCCUGUUUCAAGAAAGGCAUGGCUAAAAAUACCUAUGGAACUGGCUGUUUCUUAAUCUACAACACUGGUGAAGAGAGAGUGUUCUCCAAGCAUGGCUUAUUAACAACUCUAGGAUAUAAACUUGGAAAAGAUGCUCCAACUAUCUAUGCACUUGAGGGCUCUGUAGCAGUAACAGGUGCUGCAGUGAGGUGGUUACGAGAUAACUUGGGCAUCAUCAAAACAGCUCCAGAAGUUGAGACGCUGGCUAAAGAAGUUGAUAACAAUGGUGGUGUGUAUUUUGUACCUGCUUUCUCUGGUCUCUACGCUCCUUACUGGGAGGCGGAUGCAAGAGGAACUAUCUGUGGUCUAACUCAGUUCAGUACCAAGGCCCACAUAGCUAGAGCUGUUCUAGAAGCAGUGUGUUAUCAAACCAGAGAGUUAUUAGAUGCAAUGGACCAAGAUUCUGGUAUUCCCCUAGAGAAGCUUAGGGUUGAUGGUGGAAUGACUCAAAAUAAUCUUCUCAUGCAGCUACAAGCAGAUACACUCAACAUUCCUGUUGUUCGACCAUCAAUGCCAGAGACCACAGCUUUGGGUGUUGCAAUGGCUGCCGGUCACGCUGUAGGUGUAUGGAAGAUAGAAGAUGCCUCGGCUGGUAACACCGAUACCUUUACACCGGUUAUUGCUGAAGAUGUCCGUGAGUCGCACUACGCCAAGUGGAAGCUCGCCAUCCAGAAAUCAAUGAACUGGGAGGGGCAUAGUUACACCCCUGCAACCAAAGGUUCAACAUGUUGCCUGCCCUCUAUCAUCAACAUCCAGACAGUCACCACCAUUGUGACAUCAUCAGCCGCUAUACUCUUUCUUGCAUACUGCAUAAAGAAAUUUCUUUAACUCAUUUUCAUCUGUGUCAAUAAUGCUCUAAAUCAUGCCAUGUUUAACCAUAAGUUUCCUUGCCUCUAAUUGACUUACCUACAUGUAUGAAUGUAUAGUGAGUGUUUAUUUCAGUGAAAUAAUAACAUAUGCCUGAAUUCAGAAAGGUGAUCUUAAAUCCAUGGUCAAUUUAAACCUUAUUUUGCCUAAUUCAGUGCAGUAAUGGAGAAAGCACCUAAAAAUGAAAGUGUGCUUUUAUCACUAUAUGCUUAGCAAUGCUAUCAAUUAAGGGUGCAGCAUUAAUGCACCAACUGUUUUGAAUUAAUGACUUGAAUGAGUUCACUGUCUAUCUUAACCAUGUUGGCUCAUUAAUAUAGUAACAUAAGCUUAGUAACAGACCAGUGGACCAGAUCUAGCCAGGUUGAACACAAUACCAUUUCAAGGGUCAUAUUGUUUAUGCACAAUAGCCUAUCAAAUCUAUUGUGUCUAAUCCUGCUAGAUCUUCACCUGUGACAGACAUCAAUUUAGCACUGUGUGGCAAAAGGGUGCAUUCAUUAUUGGACCAUAUCCAGCAUAUACGCAUUGAAUUAAGUGAAAUCACUUUUACCAGCCAUGGUCUAAAAAAGCCUUUGU